CCUCUCUUUUUUUUUUCCUCCUCCCACCCAACGCUGGGACUUGGCCAGAUGGGGAAUGCGCAAGCUCCGCCCGGGCCGGGCCAACGGCUUAGUAUCAUCCUCCCCAUCAUGGCGCUCAGGCGGCGGGCGGCGCUUUUCCUCCUCUUCGCCGCGAUGCUCCGAUACCGGAUCUUGGCUGUAGAGCUGAUAUCCACCAACCUAAAUCCCGUGGUCCAGGAAUUUCAACGUGCCGAACUUUCGUGCAUCAUUGCCUCCACCAAGACUGCCCACCCCAGGAUCGAGUGGAAGAAAAUUGGAAGCAAAGAAACCACCUAUCUGUUGUACAACAACAAGCUGCAAGGAGAGUGGGCACAACGGGCACAGCUGCACAGCAGAACGUCUCUGAUCAUCUACAACGUGACCCGGGCAGAUAAAGGUCUGUACCGGUGCGAGGUGGUGGCCCCCGAUGACACCCAAAUUGGAGCAGAGAUCAAUAUCAACCUGACCAUUCAUGUGAAACCGGUGGCCCCGAAGUGCCGAGUGCCCCAAUCUGUGCCGGUCGGCAAAUCGGCCACCCUGUCUUGCCAGGAAAAGGAAGGCUUCCCAGAGCCAACGUACAGCUGGCACCGUAAUGGUGAAACGCUGCCACUGGAUUCCAAAACCAGCUCUAAGUUCCAGAACUCUUCCUUCACAGUGGACCCCAGAACCGGCACAUUGGUCUUCAGUGAAGUGCAAAAGGGAGACUCGGGCCGGUACAGCUGUCGAGCGAUGAAUGCUGUCGGAAAUGCUUGGUGUGAAGGACAAGACAUGGAAGUCUAUGACCUGAACAUUGCUGGCAUCAUCGUUGGCAUCUUGGUGGUCCUGUUGGUCCUGUCACUGACUACGGUGGGAAUCUGCUGUGCCUAUCGGAAGGGCUUCUUUGUCAACAACAAGCAAAAUGGAAACAGCUACAAAACGCCAACAAAACCAGAUGGGGUGAACUACAUCCGCACAGAUGAUGAGGGCGACUUUAGGCACAAGUCUUCCUUUGUGAUAUGAGACGCUGAAAGAGCACGGGGCGUCGGCGCCUGCCAGCAGGAAUGGGAGUGUGGGAGAGAACAACAGAUCCUCCAUCUGAGACCGAAUAAGCAACCGCAAAGGUGAUGAACGCUACGCUACGUGUGGAUGAGUUUCAGAAAGAAACCAGUGAACGAACAAACACACCUCUGCGCGCACACCUGCGCAUACCUGAUUUUUUACUUCUUUUCGUUGCCAAAGCCGCGCAAGGACUUUUUUAUACAACCAAACUGGUGUCUUCUGCCUGAGAAGGUCCUGCCGGGAUCUCUGCGCUCCUUCCUGGUGGCAAGGAAAGGAACUCCACUCAUCUUUGCCAAGAGGAAAUGAUUCUGUGAGAGAAUAUCUGUAAACCCUCCUUCUGUGGGACCGUGACACCUUUGUGUUGCCAGGGUUGUGAAGUUGUCUCCUGCCAGUGGUAGUUUACAAACCUAUCUGAGCUCCGGAGGCAAAAAUCAAUUCGAGACACUGUUUUAUUUUCUUUCCUUCCUUCCUUCCUUUCCUUUCCUUUCUCCCUCCCUCCCGUCUGCACAUUUGAGAGGCCAUUGAACAGAGG